AUGUACAGUAGGACAAAAUCAACAUUUUAUGCCGACGUGACUAAGAAACUGUGUAGUGAUAUAAAAAGUAUGAUAAAAAUAGAUUAUGCCAAGUAUAUAACUGAAAUCGAACAAGAAUUGCGAAACAAUCGCUGUAAAUUGUGGUCUUACAUCGAUGUGAAGAAGAAAACAUCAAGAAUUCCGGGAAAGAUGAGUUUCAAUAGUCAAGAGUAUUUGCGUCCAACCGACAUUGUUAACGCCUUUGCCAAAUAUUUUAACGAAGUUUAUGUAUCUAACGGUAAUAGCAAAGUUUAUGAAACCAGUGAAAAAAUAUGUGAUACAUAUAGUGAUAUCGCUAGUGAUACUAAAAAUAAUUCCGUCUUUGAUAGCACAAAAUCUGACUGUGAUUUCGCACACGUACUACAUAUGUUUAAAGUGUUACCAAGUGAUGUCGUCAAAGUUGUUAAACGCGUCAAACCAAAUUUUACCGCAAGACCAGACUACAUACCGGCAUUCUUUGUUAAAGACACUAUUUCAUGUUUAUGUGAGCCAUUGUGUUAUUUGUAUAACCUAGUAAUCAAUAAUUAUACUUAUCCUAAUUGUUGGAAGUUAGCAAAAGUUACGCCACUCUUUAAGUCAGGGUCUAAACAAGAAAUAACAAAUUACCGACCUGUAGCUAUAGUAAAUAAUUUUGCCAAAAUCUUUGAUUAUAUCUUAUCAGAUAUACUGUAUAGUCAUACUGAAUCUUUAAUUGUCAGUAAACAGCACGGUUUUAUGAAACACAGAUCUACCAGCACAAAUUUAUGUGAAUUCAUUCAGUACGUAUCCAAUGCAUUAAAUAGCGGUUACCAAGUUGAUGUCAUUUUCACAGACCUGUCAAAAGCAUUUGACGUUGUAGAUCAUCAUUUGUUAAUUAACAAGCUUUCUCAUUACGGUUUAUGCAAUGGCUUAGUAUCACUAGAAUACAAAAACUGUAAAUCUAAUGAGUUUUUAACAUCAUCUGGUGUUUUACAAGGGUCAAAUUUAGGUCCAACAUUGUUCAAUCUUUUUAUCAAUGAUGUGGUGCAACGUAUUGAUGGUAAGGUUUUUAUGUAUGCUGAUGACAUAAAAAUUGCAAGAAUUAUUCGAGAGAUAAAGGACUGUGACAAAAUGCAAGAGUAUGUGAACAAGUUUACAGUAUAUACUGAUGAUAAUAAAUUAAAAAUCAAUAUUCUAAAAUGUUAUUGUAUGACUUUCUCUCGUAAAGACAAUAUUAUAGUUUAUGAUUAUACGGUUAAGGGAAUUCAAUUAAAACGUUGUAAGGAAAUCAGGGACUUCGGCGUUAUUUUAGACUCUUCUCUCUCUUUUGUACCACAUGUUAAUUCAGUUUGUAGCAGCGCCCUAAAGUCGUUAGAUUUUAUUAAAAGAAAUACGUACAGCUUCCAAAACUUAGAGUGUUUAAUGACUCUUCAUAACGCAUUCUCGAACGCCGCCCGGCUGCCGUCACCGAUGAGUCAGCCAUCAUCGUCGUACAUACCAGAAGGCUCUCGAGGAAUCCAUAGGCGUGGUGCCGGAGCGGCGUAUACAAUAUGUAUAUAUGUUGACUGGGCGCCGACUUGGGAAAAAAAGAAGGAACUGGAUCUCUUGAUUCCUGUAGCCACCGUAGUCAAGGUCCCUUCCGGCGCCAAUUUAAAUAUUGACGGCCAAGGUCAACUACACUAUGUCGCCUAA